AUGGGAGGAGCCAAGGCAGUAGGGACUCCAAUGGGGCGGCAGUUCAAGUUGUCAAGUCAGCAGAAGCCAGAGAGUGAGAGUGAGGAUGAAAGAAAGCCAGAGAGUGAGAGUGAGGAUGAAAGAAAGGAGAUGCAGGUAAUACCUUAUGCUAACAUAGUUGGCAGCAUUAUGUAUGCCAUGAUAAGUACUAGACCUGAUCUAGCUCAAGCCAUCAGUGUAACUAGCCGUUUCAUGGCAGAUCAUGGAAGGCAGCAUUGGCAAGCCUUGAAGUGGACUUUGACGUAUUUGAAAGGUGUUGGGGGUUUUGGUAUUCUAUAUAAGGGUGAUGUAGUGUUGGAAGGAGAUGCUUUGGUGGGUCAUUGUAAUAGUGAUUUUGCAGGCAAUCUUGACAACAGGAAGUCGCAAUCCGGUUGCAUUUUCACACUUUAUGGUGGAGCUAUCAGCUGGAAGUCUGGAUUGCAGAGCAUGGUGGCUUUAUCCACCACGGAGGCCGAAUAUAUGGCAUUAACUGCAGCAGUGAAAGAAAGCCUGUGGUUGAGAGUCAUUGCAGCUGAGUUCGGUGUGGAGCAUAAGGCUAUUCCCAUAGGAUGUGAUAGUAAUGGUGCUAGCACUUUGUCAAAGCAUCAAUUCUUUCAUGAACGUAGAUGUGCGCUAUCACUUUGUGAAGAAGAGGUGGAGAAGGGGAACAUUGUGGUGUUCAAAGUGGACACAGCUUGCAACCCGGCUGACAUGCUUACAAAGCCGUUGCCUAAGGAGAAAUUUGAUUUGUGCAUGAAGCCGAUAGGCAUGUGUGAAAGGAGUUAG